AUGGGCAGCCGAAGAAGCUCUCUCUCUUACUCCCUCCAAUGGCGGGCGAACGCCGUCGGAUCCGUCUUCUGAUCUUCUUGUUCUCCUCCCUUUUCGCUUGGAGCGCAACUUCAGAUGCCGCGACGGCUAGAACGACUGUCGCAGACGCUCCAAACACCACUGCCGGACGGAACCCUUUCACGCCCGAAGCCGCCCUCAUUCGCUACUGGAGGACGCGCGUCUCCGCCGACCGCCCGCCGCCGCCUUUCCUCCUCUCGAAGGCCUCUCCGUUGUCCGCCGCCGCCUCUGCUCUCCUCGCGAAGCUGGCCGCCGGGAACUCGCUAUCGUCGCACCUCCGCCUCUUCUGCUCCUUGGCCAACCUAUUCUGCUCCUUCGACGAGGACUUGAGCAGUGACCGGAAGGAUCUGGAUGAGGACGCGAACUUCGCCGUCUACUCCAACAAGCGCUUCUCUGGCUACGGCACGGGCAGGCUCGGCGGGGCCGACUCGUUCAAGAACUACUCCGAGGGCCUCAACACGCCCAACUUCUCCUUCAAGAAGUACACCAAGGAGGGCUCGCACCACAGCGAGGGCUUCGCCAACUACGCGUCGGAAGGGAACGUCGCCAACGGCAGCUUCGCCAGCUACGGGUUCGGAGCCAAUGGCGGGUCGGGCGAGUUCAAGAACUACCACCGGAGAGUCAACGUGCCGAACCUGCUCUUCACCACCUACGACUCCGACGCCAACGAUCACAAGCUGGCUUUCGCGAGCUACAGCGACGACACCAACAGCGGAAGCCAGUCCUUCACGAGCUACGCCAAGCACGGGAACAGCGCCCCGACGCAGUUCGUCACCUACGGCGACGACUCAAACACGAUCGCGUCGGCCUUCACGGGCUACGGGCUACUGGGCAACGCCGGAAACGACACGUUCACGAGCUACGGCGGGACUGGGAAUGACCCGCACAGCACGUUCAAGAGCUACGGCGCCGGCGGGAACUCCGGGACGCAGAGCUUCGCAAGCUACCGGAACGGAGCCAACGUCGGCGACGACUCGUUCCAGUCCUACGCCCGGAACGCAAACUCCGCAAAGACGACGUUCGCGACCUACGGGAAGUCGUUCAACCCGGCCAACGACACGUUCAAAGAGUACGGCAAAGGAUCGAAAGGCCAGACCGCGAUCGAAUUCAAGUCAUACAGCGUCGAUCGACAGUUCAAAGAUUACGCCCAAAAGGGCGUCAGGUUUGCUGGAUACAGCAACGUUUCAAGCGCGUCACCUUCCUCACGUGCCAUCAGUGGCAGUUCCGUAAAUAGGUGGGUCGAGCCGGGUAGAUUCUUCAGGGAGUCCGCGUUGAGGCCUGGGAAUGUCAUGCAAAUGCCGGACAUCGUCGAUAAGAUGCCCAGAAGGUCGUUUUUGCCCCGGGUCAUCGCUUCGAAAUUACCGUUCUCGACCCGGCGGCUGCGGGACGUGAAGGAGGUGUUCGGGGCACGGGAGGGCUCGGCCACGGAGGGCGUGAUCCUCGCCGCGCUGCGCGAGUGCGAGCGGCCGCCGAGCCGGGGCGAGACGAAGCGGUGCGUCGGGUCCGCGGAGGACAUGGUCGACUUCGCGGCGUCGGUCCUCGGCCGCGGCAUAACGGCCCGGACGACGGAAAGCGUCAACGGGUCGAAGCGGAGGGUUGUGAUCGGGGCGGUCGGAGGGAUCAACGGCGGAGAGGCGACGGAGUCGGUGUCGUGCCACCAGAGUUUGUACCCUUACUUGUUGUACUACUGCCACUCCGUGCCCAAAGUGAGAGUGUACGAGGCCGAGAUUUUGGAAUUUGUGGGGAGGAGCAGGAUUAACCGUGGGGUCGCCAUUUGUCAUCUGGACACGUCAUCGUGGAGUCCGGCCCACGGUGCAUUUGUGGCGCUCGGGUCCGGACCCGGGCAAAUAGAGGUGUGCCAUUGGAUCUUUGAGAACGACGUGACCUGGACGGCUGCAGAUUGAGCGGGAAAUCGUCCGAUAAAACUGGGUACGCGUGAUCAAAUGAAAGUGGACCGUGGGAUCUCCCGCGAUAAUUUCUC